AUGGCAUCAUUAAGAUCGUAUUUGCCUCCAGCAGGCAGUACUGUUUGGAGAAAUGAACGAAGAUUAACACGGACUUCGUCCAGUGGUGAGGCAGAAAGUGGUUUAUCUAGAACAAGGAUAAAACAUAUUGUAGUUCGUGAAGUAUGGAAGAGAGAUAUACCUUCACCUCAUGCAGUAAGUUGACUUGUUCUGCGAGAUUUAUGUUAAAUAAUAUUGAAGUAAAAUAAUCCUAAUAAAAUAAAGUGUGCAUUAUCACAAUUUUAUUUUUUAUUGCCUAAUUUUCCUAUUCUUGGUUUGCAUUUGACGUCGUAGGAAUGCUAUUAAUAAAAGAAUAGAUUAGCAGCGAUUGUAUUUGGAGCGUAUUUUCUUCCGACAUGGCCACUCUAUCUUUGUUUUUUGUUUUGUAAAUCUCAAAAGCUAUUUUAGAGCUGUCAAGAGUCUAAACGACCUAUAAAUUUUAACCCAGGGUAGCGCUAAUCCAAAUUUGAACAACUGCCCCCUGCUGUGUGUUUAAAAUUCCACAAAUAUGUAAUAAUGGCAUUCAUUUAACUCAGUCAUUGUCCAACCAUUUUGCUUUGCACAAAUAAUAGGGGAGGUGGAACAAAAUUUAGGGAAGGUGCAGCGGCAGCUUAGCACGACCGCCACAGACUUUUCAGGGGAGGUGCAAAAAUUCUCAGGCAAGGUGCAAAACUAUCGCAGGGGAGUUGCACACCUCGAUCCCCUCAAAAUCCAGCCAUGUCCAUUUGAAUUAUAAUUAAGUCCUUCAGGCCUCAUUAUGAAGGUUUGGGUUGCAGCCUGACGAUUUUGUCCUGCUAUGCAAAUAUUUUUGUGUUCAUUAAUGACUGUGUAAACAAUCGAUUUCUAAAGAAAUGAAUAAUCAUUAUGAUAAUAAUUUUGAAUUUGCAUAGCGGGACUAAAUUGUCGGGCUGGCUACGCCACUGAUUAGAAUAGAAUUAUAAAGAUUUUGAUAUACAUGUACAUGUAAUUUAAUGAAAACCUGCAACCAUACAAUGGAACAAAAUGUAUUGUACAAAAAUGCAUGGCUGAGUGUGCAAUGGAAUGUGUUCCAUUGUAUGCUCAGCAAAAUGAUAAUUUUUAUUCCACAUCACAUGAUCAUAAUCAGCCAAUUAAAUGGCCAGAAUUUAAUUUGCUUUGCCAUUUGUUGUCUGUUGUAUUCACAUUUUAUGUGGCAAUUUGGCAAGUAGAGGUUUUUUGCAAGGCUGGAUUCUGAUGGAAAUAGUGGGGGAGGUGGAAAAAUAUUUAGAGGAGGUGCAGCAGUCUAGCUCACAACCCCCAUGGAAAGUUAGGGCUUACAGUAGAACGGGCCAAAGUCAACAACGUGACAUGUGCAUGUAGUGUACAUAUAUGUAUGACGAUAUUUUACACUUACGUGACAAAACUUUUAUUUACUUUUACAGAAAAACACACAAAAACAUUACAGAUAAACAGAUAUUUUGUAACACUUCAUGUAAUGUCAAAUAUAGCGUCUCUAUUGAACAUUCCCCCUCCCGAAUUGAGAGAAAUGCAGUUCGAAAUUGGUAAUCUCAAUAACUAACACAACGCAUUAUGAACAUUAUGAACAUAUGAAAUUCUUUGUUGGUAAAAACCAUUUCUUUCAAGAUCCAAGGUUUGGAAGAUAUUCGUUCAUCCAUCGUCUCCAUUCGUGUCGCACUAAUUCUUGGAGCCGUCUCCACCGCUUCUUGGCAUUGAAUACUGUCGUAUCUACGUUCUCGGGAACAACAUUUCCUCCCAUUUGUCCUAUGAGAAAAUGGUUAAUGGCGUAAGUAUACGUCAAGUUCGUCAUUAGGAUCAUCACUUAUCGUUGUCACACAGUCACAGUGAAAACUAUGUAAUUCCUCAUCAUUGAUGUCCGCGUUUGGCAAAACUGCAGCAAUUGCUCGUUUGGCUGACUUUAUCAUACUCUCAAAUAACCCGCCGAAGUGUGUUGUGGGCGGAUUCCAAUACUACAGUGAGUUUGAAGAUCGACAUACAAAAAGACAAAGAUAUUGUUUAGCUGUAACUUUCCCCCGUCCUUGUUUUGUAAAAUAAGGCCCUCCAUAAUCGGUUGCACAGUUUUCAAAUGGCCUGCCAAUCAUUUCCACACAAAUGUCCGGCAAUGGCGCCAUAGCUGUGUUUUUAGGCCCUAAUUAACUAAAACGUCGAGAACACUGGGCACAACUACUCAUACAACGUUUGACCUCUUGACGUGCGUGCACGACUAAGUAUUUCUCUCUUAGAUGGUUGAUCGUAAAGUUCACACCCAUUUCGCUAUGCUCAGUCUCAUGGUGAUACUUGACAAUAAGACUCGUUACAUGGUUUUUCUUUGGCAAUAUUAUUGGAAAUUUCACUUCGUUCGAAACUUUCUUCGUAAUCUUGUAUUCGACCGUAAUAUUCCAUUCUCGAGCAUGGGAUUUAACUUUAAUAAAGAGCUGCUUGUUGGUACCGGUUUACCUUUCUUCAACGCAGCAAUCUCUGUUGCAAAUGUUCUCUCUUGUAUCUCUUUGAUUAUUUGUUCCUCGCUUAUGAUCAGCUCCGUUGGUGUUAAUUCCCCGGUUUCUCUGUUCUCGCGCGUUCUUUUACAAUUCUCAGUAAAUCGAUUAACCCAACUUCCCACUCGCAAAACGACAGUCCUAUUUCACACUUCCCUGGUUGAUUUAUUCUAUACCAUUUGGAGUAUCUUGUUGGCUCGAGUCUCCACACCAGGUCUACCUCGUUAGCCAUAAGAGUUCUGGAUUGGGAUUCGUGUACCGACUCUUCCGAUUAAGAAAUACAUUGUUCAAGUCUGUUUGCUCGUACUUGCGUUUUUAACUCUUGAAUCUGGUGUAUUCGAAGAUCUUCGUUCCGGCCAUUUAUGUGGGCCGUGCCACCACAGUUCGUCGCUAGCUAACUCCAAACCCGAUGUUCCUCGAGUACCGCGAUGGCGCGAUCAGCAGGGCUUUCUUUCGUAGAUACAUAUCUCGAUUGAUCUGGGCUAGAAUAUUCGUGUAUUUCGCCCACUCGGUUCGCUACAAAAGGUUUAUAGUCUCGACUCUGUCCUUGAAUCCAACAGAUGAUAUUCAGACUAUCAACCCGGAAUGUAACUGUAGUGUGCUCGGCAAUGCAAAGUUAAUGCUCUUACGACUUGUUCCGGUAAUUUCAAACAUCUAGGAAUCUUAACCUGCUCAAUUCCACGAGCUUCAUUAAACCACUGUCUCCAUUGUAUUUCGAGAUGACUCGGUAAUGGGUCAUCCCAUUCGAUCGCUUCUAACCAUGCAUGCUUGCUGAAUCAGCAUUUUAGCUCGAAUAAUAUGUGGAGAUAAUAAGCCAAGAGGGUCGUAUAUCAUCGCUGUCUUUUUCAAUGCAUUACGCUUAGUGUACUCGAAAUUCUCGGAAGGCGAUGAGCAUUGAACAAAUCUUCCGUUGCUGUCCAUAGCACGCCUAAAGUUUUUGUCACCGGGAAAAUGCACUUGUUUAAAUCGACUUCUGACGCUUGAUCUACCGCUGGAAUGUCCUCCAGGACUUCAACUCAAUUGGAUAACCACUCCCGAAUAUGGAAUCCUGCUUUAUCACCAAGCUUCGAUAAUUGUUGUCGUGUUUCCUUUGCUUCUUCGAUCGUUGGCAGAGAUGGCAUCAAAUCAUCCAUGUAACAAUGAUUCUGAACUCCAGCGGCUGCCAACGGAAAUUCAUCUUGAAAUGGACAAUAGCAACCUCCGAAUAUGAACCGCAGAAACUCGUACACUUCCAGUUCCUUCGACUGAUCUAAAUCUCGCCAUGUGCAGAAAUCGAUGCAGGUCUAUCCUCUGGUAAUAACAUAAGUUGGUGUUACAUUUGGCUAAUGUCGUCACCGAAUACAACCAAUUCCUCCCUAGAAUGUCAAAUACAUUGCUCUGCAACUUCGCGCGAAAACGACACGAACUUUGGUAGUUGUUUUUUUCUGGUCUUACCACGGGAAAGUAAGGUAAAAACCGCUCAGUUUCCGGUACUGACUUGUACAACUUUACGGAUAUUUCUCGAGGUAUUCUUUGAUUACACCUUCGUAUGCCCUUGCCAAUUCGUUAUCUCGCAACAACGUCUGCUCAACCGACUUGGGUCGCUUUUCUGCCAUCGGUAUUAUAAAGUUUUACAAAAUUUGCUUUGUUUACAAAAGUUAUAUUAUGCAUAGAUUGCUAAUUUGUCCUCCAGAUGCAUCAUCACCGGCGCUGUGGCGUCAUGUGCAAUGGGUCUAUAGUCAGGUUUGCUACACUGGCAACACUUUUGAAAAAUAAAUGAACACAUACAGCAUGCAUGUGCAUGACACACUGUACUCCCAACUAAAAUGUUAACCCAUUGAGUGGCUUCACUCUCCCCUUGACGAGUAAAAUUAUAAGUAUAUGAAGUAACUGAACAGUAUAUUUUUAUUUUCAGCUUUAUAAGAUUGAUGUAAUGACGCAGUCAAAUCACUGGUUCAUUCUUCGACGUUAUCGAGAAUUUCAUUGUCUUCAUCUUAAUGUGAGUAUUGCUUCACAACAAAUGUAACGUCUUGUUGCAUGCAUCACCAGAAAAAGGAUGCACUAUCCUCAAUGAAGUAUUUUGAAAUUCCAAAAUUACUUGCCGCCUUACAGUAACUCUUUGACGUGCAUCCUUCUCCAAGUGUUUUUCUACCACUUGCGUGAUUUCUUCAAUUAAAAUUUGUUUCACUGCUUGCUUUGGCAUGUUGUUGAUCGCGAAGGUGCUUUCUACUUUGUCUGCUACAUUAUAGUCGACUGCAAUAUCAGGAUUUUCUUCAUCACAUUCAUUUAAUAACCACAUGGAACAGUUACUAGCAUGUGCCUCAAUACAGGAUAUCUGUACAGGCAAAGAGGACAUUGAAUAGUUGCUGCAGGAGUAGGUGAUGCAACUUGUUCACUUGAGUGGUUUGGUUGAAUUGGUUCAUGUGUAUCAGUUUCUUUCAUCAACUCGGAAAUAUCUUCAUCAGAUGAGGAAGAGUUAAUGGUAUCCUUGAGAUAAUCGGUCAUAGAGCACAGAUAAAAACAUAUUUUACUGUACGGUUUCCCAAUUUCCUCCUUAUAACGUCGGAGUCAAAAUAGUUCAUCAGAUCUUGGAGUUGUUUCUAGUUCCCUAGCAUGGUUGCUAAUAAAACAACAAUUACAGUUCAGGAUUGUUAGAAAUUAAGUCACUGUUAAAUCUGCUAUGUUUUUCAACUGCCUUGUUUCACAACAGAAACCCUGCUUUAUAUGGACACGCCUCUAAUAUGUAUACCUCUCUAAUAUACAAUGUAUGAACACCUCCCUAUUAUAUGGACAACUUUCUAACAAAGAUUGACAUAUCUCUAAAACUCAUCUCAAAUACUGACAUCAUACUAAUAUCAAGUUCAUAAACUGUCACUGAUAAAUAAAGCUUUAGUUUUAUUAUCAAAUUUGUGUUUUGUUUCAUAUCUAUAGCUGGUCAAGCAAUUUAACAUUCCUAGUGACAUGUUACCUACCAAGAAAUUAUUUUCAAACAUGUCCCUGAUUCAUCUUGAGAAACGAAGAAAUGCUUUAGAACAUUAUCUACAGAGGCUUAUCAACAGGUAUUCAUGUAUGUUGUGGUGUCUUGUUGGAGUUCAAUCAUAUGCCAAACUGAAAAUUAUGUAAAAUAAUUUCUCAAGUUAGAGCUGUGCGCCAGAGACCCAGAGCUCCGGCAUAUUUUGCUGGAGCCGGAGUUGGAAAACUCUAUUAUUUGGAAAUAUUAUUUCCAAUUUUAAUGAAUUUUUGGUCAUGGAAAAAUUAAGUUGAAUGAUUUGAAGUUAUUGUAAAGUUUAAUUACUUGCUCCGAUCCGAUACGUGGUUUCGAAAAUUCUUCAAGCGCAUUGCGAUUGCUUUUGAUACAAAAAUCCGCUGACCCCGAUGUAUUUUGGGCGAAAAUACUACGCUGCCAUGCGCUUUUACUUUCUAUAAAACAUUGUUUAAACAAGCACCGAAGCACGUAUAUUUGAUAAGUAAAGGAGAAAGCUCAAUAAAUUCUGAAAUUACACUGAAAUACUUGCGACUGCUUCCACUUUUUUUAAACAUAAAAUUCCUAAAAGUUUCUUGCCGGAACAGAAGCCGGAGUUUUGACUGGCGGAACCGGAGCUAAAAUAACCGGAGUUUCCACAGCUCUAAAGCCCCGUUUACACUAUGCUCAAUUUUUGGUACGGCACGGAUAAAAUUGGUACCCGUACCACUUUCUUGUUUCUUCGUGGACUACCUAUUUACAGUAGGUAGUCCAAGAACCAAAAAAGUGGUACGGUACCAAAAAUUGAGCGUACUGUAAAUGGGUCUUUAAGUCUCAAGUGGGAAUUAUACCCACAGUCUAACGUACCAGCCCUCUUCACAUAUGAGCUCUGAACUAUAGACCGACCAUUCUUUUUUCUUCUGAAAUUAAUUUCAACCCAGGUAAUCACUGCUGCCUUAAAGAAUGCUUCAAAACUAACAGUUUUACAUUAAUAUACCAUGUAUUCUCUUUGAGAAAUUAAAUGUAAAAAAUACUGACGUUUAUGUUAGAUUUAGCAAAGCAAGCCUUAUGCACACUUCGAAGGGCUAUAAUUUCACUUGCAUGCAUUAUUUUCAAUCUUAAAUUCUUACACUUUGCCUUACAUGCAGUCUUUUGGUAAAAUAUAAAAUAGUGCAAAAUUAUUGUAGCUACUGUAGCUUUUGAAUCGGUCAAUUGGAAUGCCCAAUAAAGACAUUCAGAAAUAUUUUAUGUAUACAGUACUGUACAUGGAUUCAACGAGGGAUAGGACGAGCUAAAUGAAAUAAAAUCACUUCCUAAAAGUUUAUUUCUGAAUUUCCCAACAGGGUAUUGAAAGCAAGAUCUUUGAUUUAACGUAACAGAGUGUGUUGAGUUAUAGAGGUUCACGAUCGAGACGGUGGUGCUAACCAAGUCAUUCAAUUCCAGCACUGUCGGUGGUGCUAACCAAGUCAUUCAAUUCCUACACUGCUGAAUACAACAAGCAGUACUAUAGUCCAACCGGCAUGAAAAUUCAGUAUGUUUACAUGAGACUGAUACGAAAAUCACAAAUCUUUCAAUGUAUUCGCCUUGCUCGCCAUUUUCAGUGCUUUUGUGAGCAUGCAUUGUUCGGAAGCCAAGAGCACAGCCGAGAUCGGUGUGAAAUGUAUUUGUUGUUACAUUCAUCUCACUCCGAAUUCAUCCACCGGUUCGGUCCAGCGAGUGAAUCUCUUCUGACCGGUUUGAGCAAUUUUUCGUCCUGGUUUUAUGUAAACAUCUACUAUAAAUAAUACUAAGACCGAAAUGAAAUCGCCCCAGUUACGCCUAAACGGGGCUAUAGUCAGCCGGCACCCGUCCACAAUUUUACAGAUUGUAGAGAGACUGGGUAAUGCCCCAUUCGUUGGUACGUAAUGUUGAUCGCUAUAGAGAUCGAUAAGUAUUUUUGUACACAUAAUCAAAUGUUUCCACUAAUCAACUCGUGUCUUGUUCUAGUCAUCAUGAUAUUGCUGAAUCUCAAGAACUGUUCCAGUUUCUCAAUGUUCAAACUCAUGUAUGUGUAAUAUUUUCCGCAUUUAUAAAUAUAUCACUAUUGUAUAUGGUUUAUAAGUUAAUCGUGUCCAAGGCCAUCCUCGUUCCCAGGGUCUCUCCGCCGCGCGCGACAUUCGUACGUCCUUGGAUAAAACCUGCAGUAUAGUUUCUAAAGCGCAUACUCUUGAGUUGCGACGCUUUAGCACCCGUAACAAUUUUCACAGAGAAGUACAUUAUUACGAAGAAAUGAAGCAUUUGUGUUGACAAAAUUUUAUCUUUGCGCAUACAGUAGUGGCAGGGAAAAUUUUGCAACAACUCAUCAGGAGCGGAAAAAGUAUCGGAGCACGGGAUUGUUGCUCCCAGAAAAUGUUUUGACUUCUCAGAAAAUAUUUUCCCAAGAAAGAAAAAAAAAGGAUAAUUAUAAUGAUUUAGAUAAAUGGAGAAAUUCAGAGGAAAAAUGUUAACCAACAGAAAGAAUGUUACCUGCACUGUGGGUGUGACUCCAGAAAUUCAAUUAUAAGUGCAACCGUCAUAAUAGUGUGACAGUGUAUAAAUGUACAGUAUAGAAUGAUGUAAUUAUCACUUAUUUACUGAGACCGAGGGAAACAGUGUGUUUUGUGAACUCGAGGCCGCCGUUGUUGGCCGGUCUCGGGUCCACAACGGCGGUCGAGGGGCCACAAAACACACUGCUUUCCCGAGGUCUCAGUAAAUAAGUGUUUAGUUAUAUAGUAUAUAAGUGUCAAAGUAUGAAUAAUUCACCGGUUAUUGGAGUGAACUUAAUUUGAAACCAAAACUGGAUAAAUGGAACGCUGUAAAUGUUUAGUAAAAAGUUUUAAAAAUGAACUUUGGAACUUCAUGGUUGACACGCAUGCGUAUUUCACGGUUUGCACCCAUUUUAUUAUUGACCUGUCAAUAAAUGUUUGAUUGCGGACCGGUUGCCGAACAUGACGUUUUGUGGACCGGCACGUGACACGGUUUUGACCAAUCGGCAAACAGAAAAAUUGAACUUUGACACUAACUAUAUAACAACAAAUGUUGUAUGGUAAAUUCAUUUUUCAUAGAGUGUCGAUUAUUUGCGGAAAAUUUCAAUGUUCGCUCAAAAGUAUCUUUUCCAGCCCUGCAACCACUGGGGAAAAAAUGUGAAAUCUAUACUAUGAAAUUUACAAUUGAACCACUAAAUCCAUAGUAUAUCCAUACUUAUUUCGAUACUAUAUCCAUAGUAUGAAAAUAUACAAUUAUUAUGGAUCAUCAGAAUCCAUUCUAUUUCCAAUAAAAUUCCAUACAAUUUCCAUUCUAUGACCUUAUAUGGAUUUUCAAAAUUUUUUCCAGUGAACGCAUGCAUCCAGUGCAAGCAUGCAUGCAAAGUCAAAUCACCAUCAUGUUUCUUUUUUUUAAAUCAAGGAUGUUCUAUGUGUCACCAGGCAGCUGGCUAAAGUUCUAGAGAACGAAGGUACAGUAAGGCUAUAUGUUUACACUAUACCGGAUAUAGUUUUCCGUACGAAAAAGCACCUAUCUGAUCAAUGUACAGCUUUCAGAAACUGAGCGAAACAACAUCUCUCCGUUGCAAUAAUUCCUCUGAAAAUAGCGUUCCUAAAAGAUACGGAUAGGUCUUUUUUCACGUCGCUAGGGAAAGCUAUCUGGUACAGUGUAAACAUACCAUAAGUUGCUUGUGAUGUUACUCUGAGUGUAUAUCCACACCGGGCAAGCUUGAACCCACCGUGGCCAGGCAUAUUUUUUCAAACUUGUAACAUCACAAGCAUUAUAUUCACCUGAAUACAUUACAUCAACACAGAGAAAAUCGUACCAUAAGUUGUCGGAAAUAUUGUGAGUGCGACGUUUGCUUUCUAACAUAUAUAUUCCCACCCUUGUGUUGAUUGUUGUAGUCCUCAAACCUUUUUGGUUGAUGUCACUGGAUGUUAAUUUGCAUAACUAAUACGAUAUCACGCUUGCAUGAAAAUAUAUUAUAUUUAAUUGGUGUACGAGAAAUACAUGUUUACAGAAAUCCCUCGCCCUUCCCAGGCCCAAACGUUGAUUCAACUUUUAUCUAUGGUGGCUGUAUUGUGGUGUUGAAGUGAGGUGAAUUAUUUUUUGUUGAUUGAAGACAACCGCCUACAUUCUCACCACAGCCACUUACUCUACUAGAGCCUGGUUCACACUAGUAAUUCUGUUCCGCGAUUUUUCUCCUCCUGGCAAAUGUGAUCGAAUGAAUGACAUACAAACGACUCAGAAUUGUUUACUUCUGAAAAGCGACUCUAUACUUUUGUAUGCGAGUUCACUCAUUUGCAUCCGUCAGAAACACAAAAUCGACGACAAAAUCGACGACAAAAUCUCUAGUGUGAAACAGGCUUUAAAAAGAUUAUGAAAGCCCUGCAUCACGCAUUAAUAGCGAUUUAAAACACUGAAAUUGAUGCGUGUUAAACAACUGGCGCUAGUCAGCAUGACUUUGAGGGUAUGAUACUGUAUAACUUCUUGAACGAACCAAAAUUCCCUGGGAAAUACAUCAUGAACGUUGUAUACAUGUUUACCAUGCAUUGUAUCAAUGGUAUACGAUGCCGAUUUCCUUUAAUUGGGUAUUGGAAAUUAUAAGUAACUUUGAUUUAUUUUUAUGUAUGUUUGAAGGACGAAAUAUUUUAGCAAGUGGUGGUGUUUUUACUUUCUCUCCAACACAAAUGUACUGUAUAACAAGACAGUUGCAACUACCUCAUGUGGCUAUCCAACAAUCAGGUAAAUCUUAACUGUAUGUACUGUAUAUUUUUUUGAAGGGAGGUGGUCCGUGCCCAUAAAAAUAUGUUCAGAUUUUGACUAUACCGUUAUCAUUAACCAAUCAGGUGCGUUUAAUCUACCCGAUUAACCAAUCAGAUGCAGCCUCGUACCCAGGCGCAAAUAACGUACUAAAAAUAGCAACACUACAGUUUGUUUAUAUAGAUCAGUGGCUAAGAUGAGCGUGCGCGCGGGGGUGCUUGGGGAAGACGCGGGAAACGAAGCUGCAAAACCCCGUGGAAUUACUUCUGGAAUACACAGUCUUCUCCAAGCACCCCCGCGCGCUCGCUCAUCUUAGCCACUGAUCUACAUUAAAACACCGUACAUGUAGUGUUGCUAUUUUUAGUACGUUAUUUGCGCCUGGGUACGAGGCUGAUUCAAAUGCGUAUUAAGCCAGUGAGAGGUAGUGGAAGGAAAUCUUGAACCUCUCUGUUAAAGCAUUCUGAUAGUCUGGUUUUCCUCCAAUCUGGACCUCCCAACCAAUAGACAAAUUUGGCUAACCUUCUGUUGAUAGUUACUAUAUUGUUCUAGUUUACCGAGGCAUUGUACAAUAGAACAAAGGCAACUAUAAGCUUUAGAAUUAUCUACAUGAGUGAAUCAUUCUUAAUCUUCUAAAGCUUAGUUACCUUUGUUCUAUAUUUCUAUUCUAUGCUUCUGUAAACUAGAACAAUAGUAGAUACGUGGGCAUCAUGUGAGUUAUCUAAAGUUGUGAAUUGGGUAACGAUGAUGUAAAACCAAAUUUGUCUAUAAAUAAUCCGUCUUAGUAUCAACAAAGACUAGCUGUCCACACCAACUUUAGUCUAGCUAUAGAAUUUAUCUGCAGGAUUCUGGGCAACUUCAGUAUACAGGCCUUAAAAUAUCGGUCGGUCACGGACAUUGUCCGACCCAUUCAUCAAACUGUCCGACGUAGAGAGGAAACUACCGGACAUUCUGUCCGACCUAAGUGAAACUGAAGUUUAUUGUUUGUCCGACCCGAGUGUAUUGGUGUCUGACAGAACUGUAGCUUUGUCUGACGCUUUCUCCACGCACAUAAAUCCAAAUGUAUAUACCCUAGUCCAGAACCAGAGUUUGUAUAAAAAUGAACCAGAAAUGUUGCGAGGCGGCGAGUGAAAUGGUGAGGUGGAAAACGGACUUACGUUAUCGAAGUCGUACUGCUAUCAUUGGCAAACAAGUUAAUUUCGGCUUGGAAAUAAAUAUGAAUGACACAAAUUAUUUAAUAUCUUCACAACAUUUAGUUCAGAAUGAAGACAUUGUGCUGAUAUUAAUUUGCGUCAGUCAGACUUAAUUAUUUCCGACCCAAACUGAACUGAAGCCUGAUCGGACAUCAUCAUACAUAUCAGUCCGACCCAAACUCAAAGUCAUCGGACAUUUUGUCAGACGGCCCUGUAAAAGAUAUUUUAAGACCUGGUAUAGCUUAACCACAAGUUCAUCAGAUUCUACAUAUACUAUAAGGUGAUGCCAAUGUAAGAUGUAUGGGUGUGAUCACAGGGCCGCAGGUUCGAUUCCUGCGAGGGCGUAUAGUUGCAUUUUUCGCAACUGCUCCUGCACUGUAAGUUCUGAUACAUUCACACUCGAAAUUUCCAUCUACAAAACCCUUCUAUACUGUUUCUCUGCAGCUGAGUUGGUUAAAGCACUGCACCGGAAUCACAGGACCGCAUGUUUGAUUCCUGCCAGAGGGCGUAUAGUUGCAUUUUUCGCAACUGCUCCUAUACUGUAAGUUAGUUCUGAUAAAUUCACACUCGAAAUUUCCAUCUACAAAGCCCUUCUAUACUGUUUCUCUGCAGCUCAGUUGGUUAAAGCACUGCACCGGAAUCACAGGACCACAUGUUUGAUUCCUGCCAGAGGGCGUAUAGCUGCAUUUUUUGCAACUUCUCCUGGUUAGGUCUGAUAAAUGUAUAAAAAUUCCAGUGGAAAUUUCCAUCUACAAAACCUUUUAACAAUUAGUUCUAUAUCGAGUGAGUCCAAAAGUGCUGAUAUUUAUACACAUGAACAUACCACCUGCCAAACCAAUAUGAAUGGAAACUAAACUUGUUAUGUGUUUUUCUUACUAGAUACGUCAAACCCGGGUGAUGAAAUGGUAGAUUUAGGAUAUCUUUAUGACUUUAUUCAAGAGUUAAAAAGUUUAUGUGUGAGUGGUGUGGCCAGUCGUUCAUCUCCUUGUCAAGAACUGAUCAGUAAUCAAGCUUUUGAUAUCUCACUUUUUAAAUCAUUGCAAAAAUUACAGGUAAGACUCUUGAGAACGUUUAGCUGUGCGCCAUGCAUGCAGUGGUUAAUGCAUUGUACCUUUCAAGCAUGCAGUGGUUAAUGCAUUGCAUGUACCUUUCAGCUCUGUGACCCUGGUUCUAUUCCAAUAAUAUGCUGUUGUUCACGUUCUCUGAAAUAAUUUCACAUCUGUCACAUAGAAACAAACUGCAAUAGUUUCAUAUUAUUGUUUGAACAAGGAAGAAGUCGUUGUCUCGAGUGAGAUUCGAACUCGCAUCUUCGGGUUUCUAGGCGGCUGUCCUAAACAUUGAGCCAUCGAGUCAACGGGGAUUGGUAGCGAGUCUUAUCCAAUUUAAGUGCACGAAAUAUUUUCGUGACGACUUAAUGUUUGUCUUGGAGGACGUGUAUUGUUUCAAUUCUAUUUCAGAACUAUCCUCAUGCUGAGAUACAUGCAUGCAUACAUAUAACUAGAUACAUUAUUCUGACACUGCAAGGUGCAACGAAUAAUUCGUUUUGAAAUACAUCAUACACUCAUUGUAUGUCUUGGGGGUACUCCAGCCUUCUCUUGAAGUAACACUGAACUAUAUUACCCUUACUGGACCUUGAGAAUUUCCCUUGUAAGUCUCGGCCAUGUUUCCGUUCCAAAAGCGCUUGACCACCACAUACACAAACCUCUUUCAAUCAUAGAUAGAAAAAUGUCAUAUUCAUGUCAUUGAUGGGUUAUUUCGGAUACAAAAACAGUUAACACAUGUAACAUUGAGGAAUUGCUUGAAAUCAAUGAAGGUAAAUAUUGUCAGUACUUAAAUAAUCAAUACUUAGGGCAAUUUUAACUCAUUCACGGGUAAAAUUGUUUGGAAUUAGACAGAGUGAAAUUAUAAAGUAAUACGCAUGCAUUGGGGCGCAAUACAACUCGAUGGGUUAACUAUAGACACAUGGGCAGGUAGUGUAAUGAACUCGUGGCAGGCCUCGAAUUUUAUCGCGGCAAUUGCCGUAGAGGGAGAACAAAAUGCCGUGGAUCAUUGCGGCAACGACGGCAAUUUUUUGCCGUAUAGUGCAAUUUUUAUACAAUUUG